UCGCUCCGCCCCUCCAUGUGGGUCCAGCGGGAUAAGGGCAACUGGUCUCCUCCUGCUGCCGAUCAGCUGGACUUUUUCCCAGCGACACAGAAGAAGCAAGAAGCCGGUGGGAGGGAGGGGGACGCAGGCAGAGAGCCGCCAGAGAGAACCGAGCACAUCCAGCCGCACGCAGCAGGAGGGCACGGGGUGGCCGCACCAUGUCCUUGAGCCCAAAGCACUCCACUCCCUUCUCAGUCACAGACAUCUUGAGCCCGAUGGAGGACAGCUACCGCAGGUUCGGAGUGAUGGACCCCGCAGCGGGGAGCCUCGGAUCCCCGCUGGGAGCCUACCGGCAGCCGCAGGUCUCGCAGCCCGGUAUGCAGCAUCACGCAGCAGCAGCAGCCGCUCUGGCUCCCGGCGGGCCCUACCACGUGCCCCACGGGGUACCGCAGUUCUCCGGAGCCGUCGGAGGGUUCUGCAACGGCGGCAUCGGGAACGUCGGAGACCUGCCGUCCUACCAGGAGACGGUGAGAGGCGGAGGGGCGGCAGCGGCGGCGUGGUACAGCAACCCGGAGCCCCGAUACCCGACAAUUUCCAGAUUCAUGGGCCCCUCCGCGGGGAUGAAUAUGCCCGGGAUGGUGGGCAGUCUGGCCGGGAUGGACUCCACCGCCAAGUCUAUGGUGACGCUGCACGCGGCACCGCGCAGGAAGCGACGCGUGCUCUUCUCGCAGGCGCAGGUGUACGAGCUGGAGCGACGCUUUAAGCAGCAGAAGUACCUGUCUGCCCCGGAGAGAGAGCACCUGGCCGGACUCAUCCACCUCACCCCGAACCAGGUGAAGAUCUGGUUCCAGAACCACCGCUAUAAGCUGAAGCGGCAGGCCAAGGACAAGGCCGCGCAACAGCUCCAGCAGGAAGGCGGCGGAGGAGGCGGUGGCGGCGGCUUGUGCGGAGCAACACGCAGGGCUUCGUCUGUGUCCCCGGUCCUCUCCAAGAACUCUAAGGGCUGCCGGACCGACUCGAGUGGGUCGAACCACAGCGGGAACAGGCAGAGCAGCGUGGGGGAUGCCAUGGCGGAGAGCGCGCAGCAGCCGCAGGUGAACCAGCUGUCCUCCGCUGAGGAGCUGGAGGAUUUGUCCCCCAGCCCGCCGCUGGGACUGCACGGGCAGAUCAACAUGACGCAGACGGACGCGGCGCUUAUUGAGUACACCAACAGCAUGAUCGGCUCCAACUUACUGUACGGCAGAACUUGGUAGUGAUGCCGAGAGGAGGGCAUCAUUCCGAGUGGAUUUUUCUGCAGGACACGCGCCAAUCUUUUUGUUUUCCUUCCGUGCGUAAAGGUUCGGCUCCUUCUGCACACGCAGUGACUCAAAGGCGGCUUUGAGCAAUAAAAAGUGCACAACUCAAACUGUAAAUUCGAGCC